AGCCUUUAAUGUCAUUCGUUGACAGUUUUUGGGGGGCCUCCGACAACACUGCUUCAGUUCACCUUAGUAACUUACUUAUUCCGGUUUUGAUUUAAUUUAGAAUCGGUCGAGCUGCUGUGCUGGUGACAAAAAAUAAUACAAACAAUUUUUACACAUAUAUUUUUUUUAUUCAACAAUUACACACACACACUCAUACACAUACACUUGUUAAAAAAGAACACGCAUUAUCACAUAACAAGUGCAAUACGGGUGUGCUGUAGUGUAAUUUUGUUGUUGUGCUGUGGCUGUUUAAUUUGUUGCUGUUGUUUUUGGAUUCAAAACCCGAAGCCGCCCCCCCGCAAGGAACAAAUCGUGGGGGAAGACCAACAAGUGCGCUCUCCACACACACACACACACCAAUACAGAGUGCGCGGGCUGGCUGGGAGCAAUUGAAAAGUGCAUUGUGAAAAUAGAUUCGACACAAAUUUUCAGUUUCUGUAAAUUUUCUGUGUCUGUUUGUUAAUUUCUGUGUGGGAGAGCCGAAAACUGCCGACCACCAGCCGACAAACCAGGAGCAUCAUGACCGACCUCAACGAGCUAAUGGGAUCCCCAUUUGUGCGGGUGAAGCUGGUGGCCUUUGUGCACUUCUUUUUCAUAUCGAAUGCCAUGAUUGGAAGCUGGGGCCAUGGGGCGUACGAGUUCUACAACUUCCUCUUCAUAAUCGCCAUGUUCUGGACGAUGCACAGCAAGGACUCCAUCGAGGCGGUUCAAUCGGCGCUCGUCAUCAACGCUUCUAGUAUAUUCUUUGACAUAGUCAGCAUUGUUAUUUAUUUUAAACUCAUGAAUGGCUGGGCUGUGGCGUUUAGCAUUAUUAACCUGAUCCUGAGACCGGUGAGCGUGGCUCUGCUCUACAGGGAGUUCAAUACGCGAGGCGGCAGCCUCCAAACGGGCUCGGUCUUCCCCACCAGCCAGCAGCGCAGCUACCAGGACAUCGACCGACCCACCCAGCCCACACCCACCAACUCCCAGCCGGGACCGAAUGUGGCUAGCAUUUUCUAGGUCACCACUACUACUACUACUUCUAUGAUAACCACUCUCCUGUCACUCCUAUUCUCCGUGGGGUUCUACGAUGACACUCCCUUCCCAAGUACCUAAACACCUCGGAUCUGUAUCCGAAUCUGUAUCUGGAAUAAAAAACAGAACAAGAUACAUAUUGAAGACAAGACCUAGUCCCCUAGUCAGCCCUUCGAACCUAAAUCGAAAUUGUAUAAUUAUUUGAAUUGUGAGCGUUGUUAUAUUUAAUAAUCCAAAAUUGAAAGUCAAAAAAUUAUACCAAUACCAUUACUAUA